CCAAGUAGCAAAGCGAUAAACCAAAUGAUCAAGCAAGCAAUAGCUUCAGUCUGCAAAAAUGGUUCACUAUAAACUGAUGUGUUUCGAUGUUCGAGGAUUAGGUGAAGUCAUCAGACAAUUGUUUUAUCUGGGAGAUGUUUCGUUUGAAGAUUUUCGAGUCAGUAGGGAAGAAUUCAAAUCUUUGAAAUCAAAUUUGCCAUCUGGACAACUUCCAGUAUUGGAGAUUGAUGGAGUUAUGAUUUCACAGUCGGCUUCAAUCGGAAGAUUUUUAGCUCGACAAUAUGGUUACUCUGGAAAAACACCGACUGAAGAAAUGCAAGUUGAUUCAAUUAUUGAUUUGUUCAAGGAUUUUAUGCUAACUUUUCGACAGUUCUUUUUUGCUGUUAUACAUGGAUAUCCAGAAUAUGAGAAAGAAAGAAUGAAACGAGAUAUUGUUAAACCAGCAAUCAAGAAUUACUUUAUUGCUCUUAAUAAAAUAUUACUUAGAAGUAAAUCCGGUUUCCUGGUUGGUGAUGAUUUGACAUGGGCCGAUCUACAAAUAGCUGAUAAUCUGUCAACUUUGAUUAAUAUUCGUUUAUUUGCAGAGAAAGAACCACAUUUGAAUGUUUUUAUCAGAAAAUUGUGAAUACUCCAAAAUUGAAAGAAUAUUUGAAAUCCCAAAAAUUUACAAUUAUAUAGUAAAGUUUAAAAGCACAAUAAAGUGUUGUUCGACAAAC